AUGGCAGAAACAAGCUUUGGUCAACUAGAGACGUCAACCGAUGUUUUGGUUAUCACGAGGGUGGACUAUGACUUUGACCUUGUCCAUGUUAUGUUCUGUUCGACCAUGUCCAUUUUAAUCUUGAUAUCGAACGCAUUCAUAGUCUGUGUCCUCAAAAAAGGAAAAUCCUGCUUUGAUGAAAUAACAAGUUUCCUGUUCAAAAUCCUGGCAUAUACAGACAUCGGCGGAGGUGCUGUCGGAGCUCUGAUCCACGGUCUCUACUUCAUCUCAAUGCGAAAUCACAUUUCCGAUACUGUCUGCCGGUAUGUGCCGUUUUGCAUCUCAUUCUGCGCACUGAAUUCGCUUUACCUCGUCUGCCUGAUCAACGUCCAGCGUUACGUUGCCGUGACGCGUCCCUUCAAGUACAUGCGCAUCGCCACCACCAAACGGUUUAAGGUUGUCGUCUGCAUUUCCAAUGCCUUUGUCAUAUGUCUAACCGUUAUUGUAUUACCGAUUGAGGGAUUCCCCUUUACGCCGAUAUUUUUAUUGAUGUGCCGAGACCAGUAUAGAGUUGGAGACAUCAUCUCAAGGGUUGAAACUACAGUAGGACUGAGCAUCAUAGUCCUAGCAAUUGCCAUCCCCCUAAUUGUGCUGUCUGUUCUCAACUUGCGUCUGCUGGCGAUCGCGUACCGUGCCUCACAUCGACUUCACAUCGUCUCAAGUCGGAGCCAUCGGGAUCAAGAGAAGAGUGGCUCAGGCUCAAAGAGCGUCUUUAAGAUCACAGAAGCUAAUGUUGCGAAUGCUGUCCAACGUCGACGAGGUUUGAAAGGACUGAAGACAGUGAUCGCAAUUUCUGUCUUGUUCUACGUCUCAUGUCUGCCCUACGCUGUCGCUCUAAUCCUGACGAUGGUGAAGGGUGAACAGUCAUACUAUCUUUACUUCGUGGCACUCGCCCUGUUGCUCUGCAACUGUUGGUGGAAUGGUCCGGUGUAUUUCUUUACCAGUAAGACAUUCAGGAAGAAGUCUCUAGAAGUCCUUGGAUUUAAGAAGACCGGGAUGAAACGGGCCGAAGUAUCUACGAAGGAACAUAGUUUAGCCACUUAA